ACCGGAUGCCAACUGACUCCACAUCCGCCCCUAGAAUCAAGUCAGUUCUGUAGACGAAGCUAUCAGUUCCCCGAGUUAUACACUCGUAAGGACUCCCUAUUGAGAUUCAAAUGGUAGCAGAGGAUGGCUGCCAACUAUAGCGUGCCGCCUGUUUUCGACGAGAAGAAAUACGACAGCUGGAGAAAUGAGGUGGAGAUAUGGACACACAUGACGGACCUAGAAAAGACCAAGCAGGCGCUAGCCGUGACGCUGUCGCUCAACGGCAGAGCCAGGGACACCGCGCUGGAAAUACCCGCGGAGGAUUUGAAGAAGGAAGAUGGCGUGUCCACCCUUUUAAAAGAGUUGGACUCUGUUUACCUAAAAGAGGAAAAUGAUCGGGCGUACGACGCAUACACUGAUUUUGAUCGUAUUUAUAGAGAAGAUGGCAAUUCAAUGGCGGAUUACAUUGUGGAUUUCGAACAGAGAUACAACCGGAUACGCAAGUUUGACAUGAUACUUUCAGAUGCCCUUUUGGCUUUCAAGUUAUUGGACACUGCUGGUCUUGAUACGAAUGACAAACAAUUGGCACUUACUGCUUGCACAACACUUACCUUUGCAUCUAUGAAAUCGACCCUCAAACGGAUGGUUGGCGAGAACACAGCAUCCUCAGUGGGAGAGGGAAACCCAGAGGCUGCACACAAGAGGGAAGGCAACAAGUCCCGCUUAUCAAUAUACGACCAGACGGAUGAGCAGGGAGGACUGUCCAGAUGUGGAGCUUUCCAUAACACACUCUUGGCGGGUAAGAACCUGUUCAUCGUACAGAGCCCUGGGCAGCCGGGCAUGGUGCAGCAGGUCCAGCUGGUCCAGCCCAAACAGGAGUCCCAGAUGGUCCAGAUCCCCCAGCAGACCCUGAAGGUGGUCCAGGGUGCCUCUCUCCCCCAGCCGACUCUGAAGAUGGUCCAAGCCUUCUCUCUCCCCCAGCAGGCGCUGAAGGUGGUCCAGGCAUCCUCGGCCUUACUGCCCCAGGUCCCACUGAGGCAGACGCCCUCUCAAACACAGCUAAGCCACAUCCAGAUCGCCCAGCAGGCCCUGAAGGUGGUCCAAGCCGCCUCGGCCACCCUCCCCCAGAUCCCUCAGAGGCAGGCGGCCACGCCCAUCAUGCCGGUGACCCUGCCUAAACAUCAAACACUGUUUCGGCUCCGAAAGCGCUCCAAGAACCAUCUGGGCGGAGCUCGCAUGAAGCGGAUACUGGCAAAGAUCGCCCUGGUGGGCGGCCCCCCCACCGAGGCCAUGGUCCCCGGCCACACUGUCACCAUCAACGGGGUGCAUGUGCAGGGCGUGCCCGCCGCAGCCCCCAACCCCGGCGGGCGGCAGGGCGGGGGGCUGUCGGUACCGGGGGUGCCAGCUCAGGCCAGGAAGAAGAGAGUCACCUGCACCUGUCCUAACUGCAAGGAAGCAGACAAGAGGCCAGGAAUGCUGAGCAAGAGGAAGCACAUCUGCCACUUCCCCGGCUGCGUGAAGACGUUCAGGAAGACGUCUCUGCUCAGGGCUCACGUGGGCCUGCACACCGGGGAGCGGCCGUUCCUCUGCAACAUCUGUGACAAGAGGUUCACACGCAGCGACGAGCUGCAGAGGCACGCUCGCACACACACAGGUGUGAAGCGGUUUGAGUGCAACCAGUGCCAGAAGCGCUUCAUGAGGAGCGACCAUCUCGCCAAGCAUUCGAAAACGCACAUCAAAACCAAGAACCUGUGAACACACACUUCCACACACACAAAACAAACGUGUGUGUUUCACUGUCCACUUGUACAUACACACCUCCUCUGGCCCCAGACAAGCCCUCCAUGUCCUAGAGCGCCUGGGAAAGCUAGGAAUGUCUUCAGCGUGAUGGCUGUGCAGUUUUGUGAAAUUCCCAGGAAGGGCCUUUGUAAAAAUGUAUCUUUAUUUUCUGAUCCCCUUAUGUUACUGCUAUAUUUUAACAUAGCAUAGUGGCAUUGUCCACUGAGAAAAAAUGAUUCAAAUGUAAAUGAGUACUAUGUGUUCAACAGAGAGUGGAGGCUGACAGGAAGUAAAGGUUGGGUUAUCCCUUGGGUUAUGUUUGACACAACUCAAUAAAACCGAUGAAACCAUCCUG